GGUGAUUAAAGAAGAGUUGAAGGGUAUAAUGGAAGACAAAUUAUAGCUGAGGGACAUAUAAUUAUAAAACGCCGCGUUGUGUGUUGUUCUGUCCAAACUGAAAGGAAGGAAGUUUCUUCUUCCUCUUUUAUCUCCGCCCACCCAAUCCUAGGAAUUCUGCUAAAAUGAUGCACAUGACUCUCUACUGGGGGAUUGAGGUCACCCUUCUCUUCGACUUCUGGAAGACCGAUUCAUGGCUUAGUUACCUCCUCACUUUACUCGCCUGCUUCCUAUUUGCCUCCUUCUAUCAAUACAUGGAAGAUCGACGCCUCCGAUUUAAAACCCUCUCCUCCGCAAAUCCCGCAGCCCCUUCCGUCCCCGGAACCACGGCGACUCCUCUCCUUGUUAAACCUCGCAGAGUCAGCGCAGCCAGGGUUUCCGCGGCGAUGUUAUUCGGCGUGAAUUCGGCUCUGGGAUAUCUCUUGAUGUUGGCGAUCAUGUCGUUUAACGGAGGCGUUUUCUUGGCUAUCGUAUUGGGGUCUUCUGUUGGAUACUUUUUAUUUAGACAUGGAGAUGAAAUUGAGGAGGCUGUGGUUGUGGAUAGCCCUUGCGGCUGCUCUUGAACAUUAUUAUUAAUUUUGUUUUAUAAAUCUGUACCAAUUUCGAGUACUAAUUGUUAGAUCAACAUGAAUUACGACUUUUAUGUAAUGAUUCAGAUUUUACUUUA